UGAAGACUAGCCCAGACGUGACAGGAACGGCGAACGCGAAACGACAGACUCAGCUGAGAGCAUGGGUACGUCAGGUGACGUGUUAUGGAGCGCGACAUGUAACGCGUUACGUCGCGUUUGAAUCGCCGAACGACGGUGAUCUGUCCCAGUCCGCCAUCCAUGUCGACGUGGUCGGUCACAGUACUAGUCUUGGGCUGAGCCACGACACCUUUGGCACACCCGCUCCCUCUCGAUGCUUGCGCUUUUCCGGCUGGCUGAAUUUUGGCUUCGUCACGGACGUAACGCUGUAGCAUCGAACAUUCCCUCAGUAUGAGUCGCGGCAGAUGUGCAGAGUGUAAUGGACCGACCGAGUGGGACGAAAAUGUCGGCUCUGCUAUCUGCGUUGAAUGCGGGACGCUCGCAGAUCCAACGCAGAGCGUUCUGACCACUCACCACGACUUCUUGCCGGAUACCGCCCAUGGGCCGUGGACGACUUUCACGACCUCGCUGAAGAACCGGAAAGGUUGGACUCUUCCUGGUCAGAGCCAAGAUGCUUCACACACGAGGAACACGUUGGCUAUAUAUGAAUUCAUACAGACCUUGGCUAUGAGGCUCUCAGCUCGGGGUGCCACUGAGCGUGCACAGAUAUUGUUCGACCAAGCGAUGGCACGAGAACGGUUUCGCUGGGGACGCCAAUCCAAGCGAAUGGCUGGCGCGGCGCUUGCAGUAGCUCUACGUGAAUCCAAGAGAAACGAUGCUCUGCGAGACAUAGCUUAUUUAUUGGAAGAAUCUCCGGCGGCUCUGGGCCGUGCCUUCAUUUCGCUGGCCAGAAUACUGUCGCUGAAUGUAUCUCCCGCCGACCCGACGGUACACCUGUCAACACUACACAAUCACCUCGUCUCGCUAACGCAAGGGCCCUCUUCGAAUCUCCCUGACAAGUUGCGGACGACUCUAGAAGAUCUCCGCCCUCGAAUGUUGACCAUCAUGCAGACUGCAGAUUCACUCUGUGCACUCCUCUCUCGCACAGAUGUACUGGUCAAGAUGCCGCCUCCGCCCACUGCCUGUGCUGUGAUGAUGCUUGCAAUCGAGGCCGAACUCAAGUCCUCGCUGCCACAUACAGGCCUACUGGCCCAACUUCUCGGUUCCCGCUUCGACACAGCUAAAGUGACCGUGAUGCAGCGGUACAAGAUCAUAUACGAUCUCGUUGAAGAGUGGAUCCGCGAGGUACCAUGGCUAGACGCCCACGAGCGCAAGAACGGCGGAACGGGCCGUUCGAAGGUCGCGAAGCGGGUCGUUGUUGCUCGGGGUCUCAAGGACGUGCUGCAGUUUCAGGAUGAGAUUUCCGCCAAGAAGAUGGAGGCUCAAGCAAUGCCGCGGCUCGAUCUGGAAAUGGAGAAUCCAAGCACGGACGACAAGGAGGAACUAGAGGAUGACCCGGACACAGACGGGCGCUGGCGCUUCUGCCAGGACAACCGGAGGAGAGGUGAUGCAGUGGGUACGUCAUCCGCAUCUACUCACGUUGUCCGAAAAGACGUCGUCAACUCCCGUCCUCCCCUAAAGAAGUGGAAGACCUCGCACGAGCGCUCCGUCGCGCGGGCGUCGGAGUUUCUGCUCGACCCGCUGCGCUCUCAAGGCUCAGGGGGCUCAGGAGCGCAGAGUGCGCCGCCGCGAGCGCGACGGCCCAGCGGCCGCGCGGACCUGGACCUGCUCUCCCAUAUCCUCACUGCGGACGCCUCGAGCCUUCCGCACGUGUUCGCCAAUGCGCCCAGUCGGCUGCAGCUCCUCGCCGCUUCCCGCGCAUGCGAAUCCGACAUCCCCGACGAGGAGCUUUUUGCCGACGGCGAACUGGACGGUCUGUUGAGGAGCGCAGAGGAGGCUGGACAGCUGCGUACUGCGCUGGGAUGGGAUGAAGAAGAAGAAGACGCUUCAGGCCCUCCACUGCCGCAAAAGCAACGGAAGAAGAGGAAGCGUGGUGCGGACGAGGAAGACGGCGGUGGCGUCGGGGGCUCGAAGAGGAUUAACAUGGAUGCGCUCGCAAAGCUCCUCGACCCAUCCUUGGAUCUGGCCGCCGAGUAUGUCUUUGGCGACAAGAACGACUACCUCGCAGACGAUGACGAAGAAGACGCCGACGACGAGAACGCCGAACACGCGCCCCGGUCGUUUUUCGACGGUGUUGAGGAUCCCGACAUGCCUCCGAGUGCGCAGCUCGAGGGCGGCGCAGACGAGGGCGAGAUCGUCGAGGAGUGGCGGCCGAUGUCUCCAGGAGGCGGUGGGUAUGAUGCAGACCGAUACGUGUAAAGCGUUCUCUCUGUCAGUCCCCGAUAUCGCCUCCACAACCGGAGUUCAUGAAUCUAUGAAUCUAAUAUCGCAUCCAGUUGGUGUAUUGCAAGACUGGUGGAAUCGGUUCCGGGGCUAUAUCGCCUCAUCUCGCAUCGCCAGCGAUUCGAUUUGUCGUUGGUCGUUUAGUAAUUGUCUUCCCACCAAGACCCAGUUCCCAUGUCUCCGGAUCCCCUAGGAUAGCAUCCAAUUCGCCUGCAUGUAACAUAGCCCUACAUGGACUGAAUCUCGCAUACCCCGUACAGUACUGUAUCAUACCUCGUUACCCAGAGCGGGUCACGCUAGACAUCGUAAUUCAUGUUGAUAUCGGAUGAUUCACCGCA